AGAAAUGGCAUCCCCUACAGAUGGGGCAAUCCCCACUCACUUCAAGCCACCAAAGAUGGAAAGCUGCACCGCAUCACCGAUGCUGCUGAAUUUCAAACCUUACUGCACGCACUGGGCCUCUCCCUGAUGGACCACCCGAAACUGACUCCCAUCACAAGCACACUGUUGGAAUGUGGAGAAGAUACAACCCUUCAUCCCUAUCAAGGACCGGCA